AGGUAUAACUGGAGUUAUUUUGCCUCGCAGCUUGUGAGCGCGACAUGCAUAACUGUGCCGUUGCAAUGGCGGCAAGCUCGAACAGCAUAGACCCACAGUUUAGAACCCCUAUUAACGUAUCUGUCCGACUAUUCCGAAUACUGGAUCCCUGUGGAAUCUAGCGGGAACUAGUUCGUGGAAACAAUGUUGAAACGGGGCUGUGUCAACUAGGUUUGAACAUGCAAGUUUGGGGCGAUGCCCCCACGAACGCGCAGGCCAAGGGGAGCCCUACCCCAAACUAUAUCAAAGUUUUAUAUAAGGCGUUAAAGAACAUACAUGUCGGUGGGGGGAGAAACUCUGCGAUCAUGAGACUGAUGUCGCAGCAGCCAGCUCCGCGGUAUCCUAUUCCUGCAAGGCAGGGGUGGAGAGUCGGCGGAUAGAAGUCCACGGGCCAAUAUUAUAAGAACAGUAAUUGCAUGUGAAUCCGUUAUCGGAUUUAGCGAUGGGUACCUGUAUCAGAUACUGUAUGAGACUAUGUUGUCCGAUGGUGUCUGGGGCGCAGCUAGCGGUGAUGGAUAUGCAUAGGUUAGGUGAGUGGACAAACCUGCGAGCGCUUGCCAAGCGAGCAUUCAAUCUCUCAUUUUGCUGGGCUGCAUCCUUCUGGGCGUAUCCACAGCAUUAUCGGCGACGAGCUUGUCAAACCUUCGAAGCCUAUCAUGCAGGCAAUGCAGCCGUUGCCAACAAUUCCAGAAGAUCAUGUAUGGCGUUCUCCGAACAACCUCCAGCAAGACCACGAUGGCCGAUCGCACUCCGACCUGAGACGAUAGCAAGGGCCGAAAUCGAAACAAUAAUAAUGGUCCGGAAUAGCCCCGAGCCAUGGCAUUCGCUCGACUACAUCGUCACUCACCACGACGGGGCGGUCCUCUUCACCGUGCACGGCCACCCGUGGACUCUUUCACAGCGCCAGGAUUUUCGCGACGCGUCCGGACUCCCGCUCUUCGAGCUACGUUGUCGGUGGUAUGACUCAUCCGUGAUGGAGUUGAAGUUACCUGGUUCCACGGCAAUCAGUGAGCCCCUCCUUACAGCGAAAUGUCGAGUGGCGGUCCAGAAGCCUAGGGCCGUGAUGCGGUUUCGCAAUGCUUGUGCGCUGAUGGAUGCGAGGACCACGCAGAGUUAUAGUUAUAUGGGAUCACCAGAACAGCGAAGGAUGGGGGGAGCCACUGUUGAUGAUGAGACCGUUAUGGAGAUUUUCGCGAUGGAUGUGGAUAACCUUGUCCACGUGGCUGUUAUUGAGGACCAGAGAGUUGCGUUCAUUGAUAGGGUCAGCGACCCUGAAGUAUUAGCUCAAGGUCAGAAGCCACCGUUUCGGUUUCGGCCGAUGUGGAGAGUGAGGGUUGCGAGAGGAGUGGAUUUAGCCCUCAUCGCCGUUGCGGUGGUGAUUGUUGGACAGCAGGUUGCAGGGCUGGCUUUGUAG